AAUUGAGUAUAUGUGGGCUCGUUACCACCAAGUAAAACGUACGCAGGAACAGACGUUUUGCUCUCCUUUUGACUCCUUUUUUAGUUAAAGAUUAGUCUUUUCACUCAAAAAUCACCUCAAGAAAGAACCCAGAUUAGCAUUUCUCUUUAAAAUGGUAACUACCAUAUGCUUUACUACUCCUGUUUGCUCUUUUGUGUCUCCCAACAGACCAGUAGUUCUUGGGGAUUCAGUUGCUGGGAAGGUUCUUCGAGUGAACAAAGUUUUCCAAAGCUCUAAAAGUAGUAAAUUUCAAUCUUUGGAGGUUAAGGUGAGCGCUGGAAAGGCUACAGACAGUGAUAAAGGCACUAAACCAAAUAGCAUAGUCUGUGCUGAUUGUGAUGGAAAUGGUGCUCUAUUGUGUUCCCAAUGCAAAGGAACAGGAGUCAAUUCUGUGGACCACUUCAAUGGACAGUUUAAAGCAGGCGGAUUAUGCUGGCUUUGCAGAGGUAAACGGGACAUUCUGUGUGGAAAUUGUAAUGGAGCUGGCUUUAUUGGUGGCUUCAUGAGCACUUUUGAUGAUUAAAAAUCUUAUUAGAACUAAAUCUUCAGUGAAAUGAGCCAGUUUUUGAAACUCAUGAUCUAUUAUCUGUUUUGUUUCGUUGAAAUGUCAUGCUCCAAUUGUUGAAAUUUUGUAUUUGAUUAUGGGUCACAAAGUAUGAAAAUGUUUCAUGCAGGUAAAAUAAAAGAAAAAAAAAGUCGUAUAGUUCUCUGUUA